AUGGGCCUAGAUCAGACAUUUAACCCUAACCUUAACCUCCAUAACUGUCCCUGCAGAACCCUGGACCUGGAACAUCCCACACCUAAUCUGAACCAUUUCCCUAAUCUGGGUCCGCACCCCUUCCCUGCCCUCCACCCAGACCCCCUGUCCCUAUCCCCCACCCCUUCCCUGCCCUCCACCCAGACCCCCUGUCCCUAUCCCCCACCCCUUCCCUGCCCUCCACCCAGACCCACUGUCCUUAUCCCCCACCCCUUCCCUUCCCUGCCCUCCACCCAGACCCCCUGUCCCUAUCCCCCCACCCCUUCCUUGCCCUCCACCCAGACCCCCUGUCCCUAUCCCCCACCCCUUCCCUUCCCUGCCCUCCACCCAGACCCCCUACCCCCUGUCCCUAUCCCCCACCCCUGCCCUGCCCUCCACCCAGACCCCCUGUCCCUAUCCCCCACCCCUGCCCUGCCCUCCACCCAGAUCCCCUGUCCCUAUCCCCCACCCCUUCCCACCACCCAGACCCCCUGUCCCUAUCCCCCACCCCUGCCCUGCCCUCCACCCAAACCCCCUGUCCCUAUCCCCCACCCCUGCCCUGCCCUCCACCCAGACCCCCUGUCCCUAUCCCCCACCCCUGCCCUGCCCUCCACCCAAACCCCCUGUCCCUAUCCCCCCACCCCUUCCCUGCCCUCCACCCAGACCCCCUGUCCAUAUCCCCCCACCCCUUCCCUGCCCUCCACCCAGACCCCCUGUCCAUAUCCCCCCACCCUUUCCUGCCCUCCACCCAGACCCCCUGUCCAUAUCCCCCCACCCCUUCCCUGCCCUCCACCCAGACCCCCUGUCCCUAUCCCCCACCCCUGCCCUGCCCUCCACCCAGACCCCCUGUCCAUAUCCCCCCACCCCUUCCCUGCCCUCCACCCAGACCCCCUGUCCAUAUCCCCCCACCCCUUCCCUGCCCUCCACCCAGACCCCCUGUCCAUAUCCCCCCACCCCUUCCCUGCCCUCCACCCAGACCCCCUGUCCAUAUCCCCCCACCCCUUCCCUGCCCUCCACCCAGACCCCCUGUCCCUAUCCCCCACCCCUGCCCUGCCCUCCACCCAGACCCCCUGUCCAUAUCCCCCCACCCCUUCCCUGCCCUCCACCCAGACCCCCUGUCCCUAUCCCCCCACCCCUUUCCUGUCCUCCACCCAGACCCCCUGUCCCUAUCCCCCCACCCGUUCCUGUCCUCCACCCAGACCCCCUGUCCAUAUCCCCCCACCCCUUCCCUUCCCUGCCCUCCACCCAGACCCCCUGUCCAUAUCCCCCCACCCUUUCCUGCCCUCCACCCAGACCCCCUGUCCAUAUCCCCCCACCCCUUCCCUGCCCUCCACCCAGACCCCCUGUCCAUAUCCCCCCACCCUUUCCUGCCCUCCACCCAGACCCCCUGUCCCUAUCCCCCCACCCCUUUCCUGUCCUCCACCCAGACCCCCUGUCUAUAUCCCCCCACCCCUUCCCUUCCCUGCCCUCCACCCAGACCCCCUGUCCAUAUCCCCCCACCCUUUCCUGCCCUCCACCCAGACCCCCUGUCCAUAUCCCCCCACCCCUUCCCUGCCCUCCACCCAGACCCCCUGUCCAUAUCCCCCCACCCUUUCCUGCCCUCCACCCAGACCCCCUGUCCCUAUCCCCCCACCCCUUUCCUGUCCUCCACCCAGACCCCCUGUCCAUAUCCCCCCACCCCUUCCCUGCCCUCCACCCAGACCCCCUGUCCCUAUCCCCCCACCCCUUUCCUGUCCUCCACCCAGACCCCCUGUCCAUAUCCCCCCACCCUUUCCUGCCCUCCACCCAGACCCCCUGUCCAUAUCCCCCCACCCCUUCCCUGCCCUCCACCCAGACCCCCUGUCCAUAUCCCCCCACCCUUUCCUGCCCUCCACCCAGACCCCCUGUCCCUAUCCCCCCACCCCUUUCCUGUCCUCCACCCAGACCCCCUGUCCAUAUCCCCCCACCCCUUCCCUUCCCUGCCCUCCACCCAGACCCCCUGUCCAUAUCCCCCCACCCCUUCCCUGCCCUCCACCCAGACCCCCUGUCCAUAUCCCCCCACCCUUUCCUGCCCUCCACCCAGACCCCCUGUCCCUAUCCCCCCACCCCUUUCCUGUCCUCCACCCAGACCCCCUGUCCAUAUCCCCCCACCCGUUCCUGUCCUCCACCCAGACCCCCUGUCCAUAUCCCCCCACCCUUUCCUGUCCUCCACCCAGACCUUAG